AUGGAACAGCUUGCACCACUGAGACAUCCAAUGAAGAUAGCUAACAUUCCAUGGAGGAAUAACAACCUGAGUCAGCUAUACAAGGAGCCUCCUCUGUCGGAACAGGGAGAGACUGUCAUCGGAGUUUACCUGUUGCUGAUAGGUUGGCUGUCGUUGUUUGGCAACAGUCUGGUGAUAUUGGUGCUGUACAGACAGAGGGCCUCCCUGCUGCCUACAGACUUCCUCACGUUGAACCUGGCUAUCUCGGACGCUAGCAUCUCCAUGUUCGGGUACUCCAGAGGGAUUUUGGACAUCUUUAACCUCUUCAGAGAUGACGGCUUUUGGAUCACCUGGAUCUGGACCUGCCAGGUUGAUGGCUUCUUCACCUUGUUGUUUGGCCUGGCCAGCAUCAACACCCUGACUGUCAUCAGUGUCACCAGAUACAUCAAGGGAUGCCAGCCUAACAAAGCCUACUGUGUCAGUUUAAGCACCAUCUGCAUCUCUCUAAUGUUCAUCUGGGUUGGAGCUUUGUUCUGGUCUGUCGCUCCACUGCUGGGCUGGGGCAGCUACACAGACUGCGGGUACGGGACCUGUGAGGUGGACUGGUCCAAGGCGAACUACUCCACCAUCUACAAGUCCUAUAUCAUGUCCAUCCUUAUCUCCUGCUUCUUCGUCCCGGUCAUGGUCAUGCUGUUCUCCUACAUAGCCAUCAUCCAUACAGUGGUGAGCAGCAACGCCAUGUCUGCUGAUGGAUACCUCUCAGCCAGACAGAGGAAGGUGGAACGAGACGUCACGAGGGUCUCCAUAGUGAUCUGCACAGCCUUCAUCAUGGCAUGGUCUCCCUAUGCUGUGGUCUCCAUGUGGUCUGCCUGUGGUUACCACGUCCCCAACAUGACUUUAAUCUUCACCCGUCUCUUCGCUAAAUCCGCCUCCUUCUACAACCCCCUCAUCUACUUUGGAAUGAGUUCUAAGUUCCGUAAGGAAGUCUUUGUGCUGUUGCCGUGUUACGGUGGCUCCGCCCACAAGGAAGUGGUCCGCCUCAAGAACUUCCAGGAGCUUGACGAGCUGAAGCUGAAAGACCAUCCCGAGGCCACGACCCUUCCUGUGAUCUCACUUCCUCUGCAGUCAAGAGAGGGGGAAUAUAGUGAAGAAGAGAUGCUGCAGACAGAGGGUUCCAUGGCUCAGGAUUCAGACUCAGGGGUGAAUAGUCCAUCCCACACGCCGCCUACUGUCAGUCAGGAGUCACUUUACUACAUUCCCAAUGUACCCCUUACCCCCCUACCCAGCAUGCACUCUGAGAUGCCAGAGUACGAGAGUGAAAGACUCUAA